ACCCAGUCAUACCUCGAAGCUAAGCACCAUCUAUAAAUGAAGCCAAUUAAAGAAUCCAGGAAGACAUAAACACCAGCUAAGUCUUAUCCACCCGGCGGCCCUAUAGCAAAGUUGUAGAGAGAUGGCAGAAGUGAAGGUUCUAGGCGGCUGGGGAAGCCCAUUUAGCCGCAGAGUUGAGAUGGCUCUCAGACUGAAAGGAGUUGAGUAUGAAUUCAUAGAAGAAGACCUCUCCAACAAGAGCCCCUUGCUUCUCCAAUACAACCCAAUCCACAAGAAAAUCCCUGUGCUCUUGCACAAUGGAAACCCACUUGCAGAAUCUCUUGUCAUUGUUGAAUACAUAGAUGAAACCUUUCCAGGCACUCCCAUUUUGCCCAAAGACCCUUAUGAGAGAUCUUUGGCUCGUUUCUGGGCUAAGUUCAUCGACGAAAAGUGCCUGCCAGCGUCGACGAAAGCUCUAUUUGCAAAAGGAGAGGAGCAAGAUAAGAGAAAGGAGGAAGUUUGUGAGCUUCUGAAAAUUCUGGACAAAGAAUUGGAGACGAAGAAGUUCUUGGGAGGGGAGACAGUCGGGUUUGCUGAUAUAGCCGGCAAUUUCGUCGCGUUUUGGGUUGGAGUUCUUGAAGAAGCUUUGGGAGUGGAAUUGGUGACGAAAGAAAAGUUCCCCAAUUUAUGUCGCUGGAAGGAGGAUUUCAUCAUCAUUUGCGACGAAAUCAAAGAGUGUCUCCCACCCAGGGACAAACUGGUUGACUUUUUCAAGAGUGGAUUCAUACCAGCCGCUAUCCGUGCUAGGAUAGCUAGCCAGUGAAUCCAAUGCACACAUUAUGCUCUAAUCUUUUGAGUUAUUAUAUGUUAUAAAAACGAUGUACUAUAUAUGGAAUACCAUAAUAAUGUAGUAGUGUUUAAUUUAUGUCGCAUGCAUGUUAUACAUAUUAUGUACGUAUACUACUACUAUAUAUGUUGCCUGUGCAAUAAGAGUAUAAGACUCAUUUUAUGUUUUUU